CAUACAAUAAUAAUACAUAAAUUAUACUAAAAUAACACAAAAUUUGAGUCAUAAAUUGCUUUGGAAUUAGAUCUUAGAUCUUCUAAAUAUAUAUGACUUUCUUUUUUUGAAAAGAAAAGGGGAAUUCCCUACAACAGGCAAUGUGGGGUUUGCUCUUUUAUGCACUUGCAUUGAAAAAAGAAAUUUUUAAGCAUGAAGAAAAUGCAAAAGCAUCACAAAGGUAUUAUAAAACUGGUCCAUACAACUCGUGAACUUUCGAGUCCUAGCUCAAAGCAUACAGUAGUUUUGCAUGAGAAACAUACAAUUUUACUUCUGUCAUAAUUGCAUCAAUGAGAGCUAAGCGUUAUUUUGAGAAAAUAACAAUUCGAAACUGACAAAAUCUGACUCCAAGAAUGAUUUGUUCAUGCGUUAGACAUUAUUAUAUUCACAUUUUGUGAAAAAAUCUGUAUUUUUAACUGCGUUAAGUUGUAUUUGUGUAACAGGUGGAUGUUGAUAGUAUAGCAACUGACCUCGACAUUACAUCAUUUCAGGAGUUUCUCCACAUCCUCUUAUUUCCUGCUGCACCUUCCAAAACUUUCUAUUAAUAUAAAUUAAUUAGCGUGACAUUAACAUAAAUUGACAUAACACAACAUUUCCAUUAAUAUUCAUAUGGUUGUCUCGUUAAAUGCAUCAAAAAUAACCCAUCUCUGUAUAUGGAUGAGUAGGCCUGUGCAGCCUAUUUUCACUCGCCUUUUCUCUUUCUGUCUCUCAUUAAUCAUAGCUUUUCUGUCAGGCCUUCACAGAGAUGAAAAGCCCUUGUUUAUGUUUUGUCAUUUUUCAGACCAGGAAGUUUCAGUUGGGUGUCACUGUGGUCAUGCAUAAAUCUCUCUACAGAAUAAAGUUGGUUUGUUCGAACAGAAAGAAGCUGAGAGCAGGACAGGGCAGACGGCCACUGAGCUGCUCUCUAUGGAGUCAUUAAUGAUCCACUUCUCACGCAAAAAAACAUCCUUCAUGAUAGGGACAACAGCGAUUUUUGAAUCGCUGACUGACAUGAGAUGCAGAGCGUUAAUGCUUAAAGAUGCUCAGUCAAAGCCACUACAGCUUGACGGAGGUUUCAGCUUGCUUGAAUUACUGGGAAGAGCCUUCAGGAGCACCAGGAUUAGCUGUCUGGUCCUGUAGCUGCUCAAGUUGCUCAUCAUCAUCUGGUUGCAGUGAGUUGUCGAUAAAUUCUAGCCUGCAGCUCUUACAUAACAUGCAGUAUGAUACAGACAUUUCACAUUUGCUGUUUAGGUAUUUACACCGCAACAGACCUAACGCAGUGUUUAUAUACCUGUGCAGAUUGCUUUUGCGAGAACUAGGUUGUUAAAUUAGGAUUAAAGGUUAGUUAUGGGAGCAAAUUCUCUUACCUGGCAAAAUAGAUUGUUUCUGUAGAUGUACAGGCAAUGCAUAUAGCCUAUGCUAGGCUAGCUACCGUAAACAUAACCAUAAGCCUUCAUGCACUAAUAACUGGUGUUUUUGUUUCUUCAGCAGCAAAUCGACACGUUACAAUGGUUUCUCAAAGAUCACGUGACACUGAAGAGUGAAGUAAUGAGACUGAAUAUUCACAGGAAUGAAUAAAAUGUCAAAAUAGAAAUGGGUUGUUUUAAAUUGCAAUUAUAUUUCACAAUAUCGCUGUUCGUACAAUAUAUUUGGUCAAAUAAAUGCAGUGUUGGUGAGCACAGAGACUUCUUUUAAAAAAAAAUGUUUUUAAAUCUCACGAAUUGCAAACUUUAAAUGCUAAUUCCUUUUCAAAAAACCUUCCCAGUAUCUCGACUAUAUCGCUUGUCUUGCCAAAGCUGAGCCACUAGAGGUCAGAAACACAUUGCCAUUAAAAAAGCAGAUCGCAACGAGCAAGAUGUGGUGAAACUACCAUGUUCUGCUGUUUAUUUUGAUGGUGUUUAGACAUCUGCAGAUGUGUGAAUACUGAGACGUUAUAUGAAAAAAACAAAAAAUUAAGGAUUCGUGUGUGACUAUAUUGGUCGUUGGCCUCCAGCACAGUAAACCUAAUAGAUUUCUCUCACUCUAAUUCACGCAGUACUUAGAAGGGAAACGUUUCGUUUCAUCAUCUUAAUAAACGGAAAACACUUUUAGCUUGCAGGGGUGGGGGUGAAACACACCUGAGCCUCGUCCUGACCCCCCCUCUGCUCUCCCCCAGGUGAGAUCAGGAGUAAAAAAUAGACUCGUCUUCAUCCUUGGGGAGAAAGAGAGAUCUCGAAACACGACGAUACUGUUAUGUUUUAGGGGCGGAAAACGGCAAGGUUAAACGCAUAAAUAUCGAUUUUGAGAAAAUAAAGGUCUUAGGUUUGACCUAAAAGUAACUCCAUGGGAUUAAUAAUGUGGUUUUAGGAAAAAACAAGAGCGCCACGUACGUCAUCAAGUCCCGUUCCUUGAGCAAUAAUAGUCGUGACGUAAACGCCUUUGCUUGGAGGAUGUUGCUGGAUUUUCCAAUCGAAGCACUGAAGCUUUCUGUACAAGCUGAACCAGACCGUCACGAAGAAAGAACAGAGCAAAAACAACCAUGAACUAUUCUGUACACGCUACAAACUAGGCCUAAAAAUUGUUAUUAUUCGAAUAGUUCUGGUCCUUGAUUCUGAUUGGUUGAGCCGUCAAAGCUGUUGUAAAAUACUCUACAAACACACACCUUUGUUUAUGUCUGUGUGUUGCUUGGCAACCACUGUGUUCCAACCACAACCAUUUCUUAGGGACUACAUUGUUUGGCGGAAGGAUAACGUUUUUAUUAAUGUCAUUACACUUUGUUGGCGCUGUUUUAUUUUGUGAAACCCUACUACAUGUGAGGAAUAACCAUUUUAUAAAACUAAUACAUUAAUAAAGCAGUAGACGACAAAAUGAGGUGCAAACUUAUAACAAACACAAUGCUAUCAUGAUGAAGUUAAUAUAUUCAAUAUUAUACGUACGUAUUGUGCUUUGUGUGAACGGGGAGAAUUCGGAUAAAUUAGGAUGCCUUUUACCAUCGAGAUGACUGAAAGGGAAAAUGCACCAAUUAUCCUAAAUUAGCCCUAUGUGUAUCGCAACUAAAAACCGCAACCAGAAAACAACCUUAAAGCAUAUCUUUCUCAAUCUUUUUCCAUCUGUAUUCAGAUUCUAAUACUGGUCCUCUAGUACUAUGAAUCACUAAUAAUCACAUGAUUAAAUAAAUGAGCUCCAGUCAAGUGAUAAGCCAAGCACAGAAUCUUAAUAAUAGUCUCUUAUAUUCUCUCUCGCUCACUCUCUCAUUCCCCGGGCAGAGGUAAUAGGCCUUGUUAUUUGAUCAGUUGCGAUGACUUAAUGACCAGAAUUAGAGCUCUUGUAUGCAUCUAUGACAGAGAUGCUGAUGAAAUGCUUUUAGAGGGACUUGAUGAGGAAAGCUUCCCACUAAUCAUAUUUAAUUAAACCUGUACCAUUUGUGCUGUGGACAUGAAUGAAAUCAAAUCAUGUGAUAUUCCAGACCACACAAAUGGACGAACCCUUUGGACACGGGGCAGGCACUUUACAGAGGCCCCAUGUGGGGUCCUAGAGAUGCCUAGGUGUUUUGGGUCUCCAUUGACUUCCAUAGUAUUUUAAAGUGAACGAUGACCCAAAACAGCCUGGUGACAGUCUUUUUCAAAAUAUCUUCCUUUGUGUUCAGUAAAACAAAGAAAUUCAUAUAGAUUUGGAGUUAGUCAAAGGUGAGUAAAUGAUGACAGAAUUUUGGUUUUUGGGUGUGCUUAUCCUUUAAAAGUAUUUAUUUCUUGGUUUAUGUUUGCUAUGCUUCGUGCUGUCAGGCAGGAAGAUCUUUCUGAUGUAUUUAGUUUGAUUUGAUAGUCAGCGCACCAUUUAUUUAAUCAGAAAUACUGUACAAAAAUGGCAAAAUCGUGCCUAUCUUCUAUUUGAAUAUAUUUGAAACAUGCAUUAUUCUUGUGAACAAAGCUAAGAUUUUGACAUCAUUACCACUACAGUCUUCAGUGUCACGCGACACUGAUCCUUCAUAAAUGUUGAAAAUAAUUGUGCUUAAAAAAAUUGAAUGAUAGUGUAAAUAGGUGCCACAACAUAUUAUUACCACAUUAGUAUGGACAUUUAUUUUAAAGAGAAAUGGCACCUUUCAAAUGUUAUGCUUCAAAAUGCUGAAUGAAAUAUUAUGAAUGAAAAAAAUAUUUGGAAACUGGUGGGCCUGUAAUGUUGUAAUGGAUCGUGGUUCAGUAUUUCUGACAUCCAUCUAAAAUUACAAAAAAAUAUCAGUAUAUCAGCAGAAACUGAGCAUACGUGGCUCCUAAAAGUGAAGUUAGUUCUGCACGUACUCUGUGUGUGUGUGUGUGUGUGUGUGUGUGUGUGUGUGUGGAGGGCUCUCAAGAGGCCGCUGCUCUUUUAUUUGGAGUGUGUUUUCAGUGCAGGUGUAUGGGAAGGGUGCGGAUUGAGAUCACAGGGUUACUAUGGCGCAACACCUGAGCUAUCCUACAUCGUCGUGACAACAGAGGAGGGUCUUUCCUGCACAGGUUACUCAAAAACAACUUCACCCGCUCCCGAAAACAGUUUGUUCACCAUCACACAGAACUUCACUUCUCAGCUUCUCGAGGUGCACUGCUGCAGUAAUGCCUAGUAAACUGGAGGGAGCCAUGGACGCGCUCAUCACCGUCUUUCACAACUACUCAGGGAGCGAGGGAGACAAAUACAAACUCAGUAAAGGAGAGCUGAAGGAACUUCUCAACAGCGAACUCACCGACUUCCUUACGUCUCAAAAGGACCCUCAUCUAGUAGAGAAGAUCAUGAACGACCUGGACUCCAACAAGGAUAACGAGGUCGACUUUAAUGAGUUUGUGGUGCUGGUGGCGGCGCUGACGGUGGCAUGCAAUGACUUCUUCCAGGAACAACAGAAGAAGAAAGGCAAAGACGAAAAGAAAGGCAAAUGAAACGGAUGCAUAGAAGUACCUGCACGUGUAAUGCUCUGUGAUGCGUUAAACUGUUUGUUAUGAACCAGACCACUUGUCCUUAUGUUAGCCGUUUUCGUUCUAUCCUUGGUUUGUAUUAAAGGAAACCGGCCGUUAAAUAACAGUGAAUAAUGUGUUUAAUUGAUUUAAAAUGACAGUUCUUUUCUGAAAUGAAAGGAUGUACUUCUAAACUGAAAGCUGGACUUUAUUAUCAUAUGCCUGUAGAAUACAGUGUAGAUGUCAAUGUUACUUAUGGGUUUUUUCAUCCAUUAAAUCAUACAAUCUAAGCCGAAUCAUGUUUUUUCUCUCAUUUCAUAAGUGCAGUGUAUAUAUAUUAGAGCUGUCGAAUGGUUAAUUGCAAUUACAAUUGCGCAUCGCAUCCAAAAUAAACG